AGCAGAGGAGCCUUAAUAAAUCUAUAAGCCGAGGAGAGGAAACUCUGGCUGGGGCAGAACGCUGAGCUCCGGCUGCUGUGGGGGAACGGCGAGCAGAACGGCAGGCGGCAGGAGCAGCACAGCAGGCAAAAUACAAUAGAGGAGACUACAGAAGAGAGCCCUUGGCCCUCUCUCGUAAACACACUCCCCUCCAUCGCUACCUUUCCCUGGGCACCGUGCUGCCUGGCGCCCGAGGCCGCUCGGACUGCUAUGUAACCGCGAGGCUGCAGGAGGAAGGGGACCGGGGAGAAGAGGUUCGCCCGUGGGAGCCUCAGGGGGCCAAGUUUGAAGCCACUUCUGCUCGCGCCUUCCCUUAGCCCCAGCCUGCCCCUUCCUGCAGCCCAGCUGGCCCAGGCGUCCUUCGCCUCCUCUUGUGCUCAGCAGCCGAGAUUGCCGGCGACUAUGGUGACCGUAGAGGAGCUGCGGGAGAUGGACUGCAGCGUGCUCAAAAGGCUGAUGAACCGGGAUGAGAACGGCGGUGGCGCAGCCGGCAGCGGCAGCCACGGCGCUCUGGGGCUGCUGAGCGGCAGCAAGUGCCUGCUGCUGGACUGCAGACCAUUCUUAGCGCACAGCGCUGGUUACAUCCGAGGCUCGGUCAACGUGCGCUGCAACACCAUCGUGCGGCGGCGGGCCAAGGGCUCGGUAAGCCUGGAGCAGAUCCUGCCCGCGGAGGAGGAGGUCCGCGCCCGCCUGCGCUCCGGCCUCUACUCCGCGGUCAUCGUCUACGACGAGCGCAGCCCGCGCGCCGAGAGCCUCCGCGAAGACAGCACGGUGUCUCUGGUGGUUCAGGCGCUGCGCCGCAACGCAGAGCGCACCGAUAUCUGCCUGCUCAAAGGUGGCUAUGAGAGGUUUUCCUCUGAGUAUCCGGAAUUCUGUUCCAAAACCAAGGCCCUGGCAGCCAUCCCACCUGCUGUGCCCCCCAGCGCGGGGGAGUCCUUGGACCUGGGCUGCAGCUCCUGUGCAACCCCGCUGCAUGACCAGGGGGGUCCUGUGGAGAUCCUUCCCUUCCUCUACCUCGGCAGCGCCUAUCACGCGGCCCGGAGAGACAUGCUGGAUGCCCUGGGGAUCACAGCCUUGUUGAACGUGUCCUCCGACUGCCCGAACCACUUUGAAGGACACUAUCAGUACAAGUGCAUCCCCGUGGAGGACAACCACAAGGCCGACAUCAGCUCCUGGUUCAUGGAGGCCAUCGAGUACAUUGAUGCGGUGAAGGAGUGCCGCGGGCGCGUGCUAGUGCACUGCCAGGCUGGCAUCUCCCGCUCAGCCACCAUCUGCCUGGCCUACCUGAUGAUGAAGAAGCGCGUGAGGCUGGAGGAGGCCUUUGAGUUCGUCAAGCAGCGGCGGAGCAUCAUCUCGCCCAACUUCAGCUUCAUGGGGCAGCUGCUGCAGUUCGAAUCACAGGUGCUGGCCACGUCCUGCGCGGUGGAGGCCGCCAGCCCAUCGGGCCCCCUGCGCGAGAGGGGCAAGGCCACCCCCACCCCCACGUCGCAAUUUGUCUUCAGCUUCCCGGUCUCCGUGGGGGUGCACCCGACCCCCAGCAGCCUGCCCUACCUGCACAGCCCCAUCACCACCUCCCCCAGUUGCUAGAGCCGGCUCUCUGUCCAGCCCGGGUGGCCCCUGUGUGGGCAGCAAGGCAGGACUGACCAGCAGGGGGUAGACAACAAAGCUCCUUCCAUCCAUCUCUCUUUGGCCAAACGUGGGGCCAGCUAGAUUGGCAAUAAGGACCUCGAAUACAUAUUUAAUGCCAACAGGCAAAACACUCCAACUUAGAGCAAUAACGGCUUCCUCGGCAGGCAGGGAAGACCUGGGUUUUGGUUUGUGUGUCAGUUUUACUUUUCAGAUAGGAAUUUCUUACCUCAUUUUUUUUUAAGCAGUAAGGCUUGAAGUUAUGAAACCCACAGAUCCUGGCAAAUGUGCCCACCCAGUUUUAUUAAGGGGGGAGGGGAGGGGAGGGAAGGGACAAGGCGAAGAUAAGUUUGCCAGAAGUGCCUGGUUCUGUGUGCUUGGUCCUUUUGUCGUAAUUACAGGAUUUUUUUUUUUUUUUUUUUUUUUUAAGGAAGUCUUUUAGGACACGGUUUUCCUUUUUUAGUCACCAACCACAGAUGAAUAAUUAUACUUGGUAAUAAAUAAAGGUAUUUAUUAAGAAUUUCCUCAGUGUAUGUAAGUAAAAAAGUCCAGUGACAGUGAAUUUAGAAUAGAUUUACCUGGAUGCAGAUCAGCGGAACUCAGUGGCAGGCGGACGGCAAAGCUGUUAGGAAGUCAGUGGUGUGUACAGGUUAGUGUGAUGGUCAACGUGCAUUUGUUACCGCUGAGAAGCGGCAGGGUGAGGGGGUGGGAGGAAAAAAAGAAGGGAUUGCUUUUUCAUUACAGUCGCCUUUCCCAAUCCGUGGAGGAUUGAUUCUAGCCCACCUGCCCUCCUUCUGCGGAAAUCUGUAGAUUCUGCACCCUCAGAAACCUGCGGAUACCACGUCCACCGAUUCGGAGAGUUACUGUACUUUUGAAGUUGGUUUUUCGGCGCAUGGACCACUGAUGCAACAAUACAGCUGCUUCUGGUGAUCAGUAACCCAGUGUAGCUGUGGAAGCAUUUUUCCCUGCCUGAGAAUCUGCGUAUCCUCUGUGAUAAAUGCCAUAUCAUAUAAGGUGCUCCAAAAAAAUUGGGUGCAGUUCAGAUGUUCCUACAGUGAAUCGUUUGGCAAGGCCACUGGGGAACCCCGCUAAUGAGAGGCCCGCAAUGGAUCCUUUUGGAAGUGGAAGCACCAUCUCUUUUCUCCUUUGCAUAAAUCGGAGUUUUUAAUUUUAGGGGGUUUGCUUGGAAUGAAAGUAUACCAACGAAUUCUCGUGUUCUUAAAAUUCCUGGUUUAGAUGAAUAUUGUAAAGGCUGUCUUGUAUAAAAAGGGGAGUGGACACCCCAUUUCAGGUCCUGUGGAAAUCUAGGUCGGCAAGAGGGCGUGAGUGAGGAGUGGGGCAGACUCAUUUGCGUGGGAGCUGGCUUCAGGGCUUCUGUGAGGGACACCAGGGGCGCUCCGAGGCCGUUUGAGAUCCUUUCUUGGAAUAUUGGCAUUUUCAGGGCCUUUCCAAAUGGAGGAAUGGCUUUUGGAGAAAGAGGAGGUGGGGUGGGCUUUGGGGGAGGGAGGAGGGAACACACCACGUGUUAUUUAAUUUGUAGUAUUGUGGAACAGUGCUGUUAGGAGUGCCAGGUUAGAGGUAAUUGCAAACUUGUCUAGAAAUGAGAGCAUGUUUUUUUUUGUGUGUGUUUUUGUGUUUGUUUUUUAAGCCCUCUGAGGAUCUACGUGAUGAACAUUCUUGCUCACCCAUAAAUAACUUCAAGCCUCAAUGUCGGGACAGUGUUGGAAUGCUCCUUCUCAUCCCCGCCUCCCAGGCAGGACCGGGUUCCCUACAUUUCCUUCCAUAAACAUGAACCUGUGUUGGCCUCAUUUGCCCUGACUUUUGUCUAGCCCUGUCUUGGGUGUGGCCAGAGUUCCCACUUCCUGUUUUUAGAAAAGCCUUCCCUCCUGGGAGCUGCUUAGCUGAAUCAUUAGGGAUGAGAUGUCGGGGGCUUGGGGUUCCUGGACAAUGGGCCUAUUAGAGAUGGCAAGCUGGACAUUCCGACUUUCCCCUUGAUUCCUGGAAGUUGCUUUAUGUUUUGUGAUGAAUGAGGUUAAGUGAAUUCUACAACUGAAAAAAUAUGGGUUCCAACAGGCAGGUAGGUCUGAAAGAGGAACUGCUUUGAGGGGGAGGAAAAGAAGCUUCGGGUGAGUUGCUUUUUGUGGAAUGAGUGUACAUUUGCCAAAACCUGUGUGCAUCCUGCUUUCCCAGACUGGAUUCCAACCACACAGACAGUUGGAGCCCAGGACCCGCCCAGCCAGGUCUUUUCUCUGCUUUCCAAUUCACGUCUUAUAUCUCAAUGUCAAACCACUAUUUAUAAAGCCAUUUUCUUUGUACUUGAUAACAGCAGGAGUCGCAAACUUUUAGAAAUGAAAUAAGAAAUAGGCUUGAUUAGAAACGGGGAUUUGGGGUCACUAUUCUCCCAUCAGAAGCCUCUUUUUGAUGACUUGGAAUAUAGCUCUAAGGAAGAUGGCAUGGCAGGGUCAGUCCAAAUGGCCAAUGUGUUUCAAUAGGCAUCUCUCCCAUGAAGUGGUUUCUGUGAUACGAAAUCUCUGUAGCGGUCAGAAAGCAUUGCCACUUUCACCCAUUAUCGACUGUGCUGCUGACUACGAAGGCAGUAGAUUCACUGGAUCUUUUAUGGAGACUGAAGACUGCUGCCAGUUCCCUCCCGGCUGGCAUCUGUGUGACCUUAGGGUAUUGGUGGAGCCUUCCCCUGGAGUGGGAGCUGCCAGCCUGUCAUGGCGUCCUUAGGCCAUUUUCCUCAUGUCCCCAUUCAAGAGGGUUUUCCCCAAUGUUGGAGAACCAUGAGAAAAAAAAAUGUAAAAUCCUUGGGAAGAUGGACAGGAAGGUAGGAUGGUGAUUCAGAUGAGAGGAGAAGGGGGCUGUUAGUUUGGAAUUGGCCACCAAGCCCUUAGGUGGUGGUUCACCUUGGCUACGCAUUAGCUUCACCUGGGGAGCUUAGAAAGCCUGCCUGCAGGCUAUCCCAGGCUAUCCCAAGUGCACCAGGAUGUCCAGAGGAGGGACCCAGGCAUCAGUAGGUUUCAAAGCUCCCCAAGUGAUGCUCUCCCUGUGUAACCAAGUUUGGGCCAUGUUGGGUGGCAAGGCAGUCUUGGAGGCCAAGGCUUUGUAACCCAGAGCUUGCUUGUUUUGCCAGGGGUUUGUCACUAAUUCAGCGUGGGCUCCAGGCCAGUCUCAGUUCUGCCGAGGGAUGAGAUAUUUUCUGUCAGGAACUCAAGGACAUAGGGCCUCCCGAAAGAGGCACUCUCACAUAAGCUCCUUUCAAGUCAGCUGAUCUUUGGGGGAACUGAGUAUAGUGGCUGGAUGUUGGUGUUCUUCCUUGGAAGUUGCCUUGUCUCUCAAGGAUGGAGAGUAGUGCCACCUCUUUGAGGAUACCCCUCUUCCCCUCGGUGUGUGUGGGGGAGACCCUGCCCUUCCUUAAAGUUUUUGAGUCACAGGAGAAAGAGGCUUCUUCAAGACAGAGCAAUGCAAUACUUGUAACUUCUGUAAAUAGCCCCAUCUUUCAGAGUGACGUCAUUUCUACAUUUGAUAUGCUUGUAUUUCUGUAGGAUGUAUAUAGUUUAGGGGAUUUUGUUGUUUGGUUUUGUUUUUUAGAAAAGUCAACAUGUCUGUUUUUAUUUAUUGCUUGAAGAAAAAAAAUCAUUUGAAGAAAAAUAAAUACAUUUUCAACCA